GUCGAGAUGGAUAUUCUUCUCUUCCUUCUCCCUCAAACCACCAAGUACAAGUAAGAAAUCCACUACAAUGGCCUCUCCCACAGCAGUCUUUCGCAAGAACGCCACCGCCCUCAUCACCGGAGCCGCGAGUGGCGUUGGCCUCGCCGUAGCCAAGCUAUGUGCCUCCCACUCCAUGAACAUCUACCUCGUGGACAACAACAAGGAAGCCCUCAACUCCGCCAAGGAGAGCGUCAAGAGCAGCGGCACCGUCAACACUCAUGUUCUCGAUGUUGCCAACCUCGAAGACUGGGCCACACUCCGGAAGAAAGUGGAAGGGGAGGGCAAGAAACUGGAUUUCCUCCAUCUCAAUGCCGGCAUUGGCCUGAAGAGCGACUGGACCGACGCGGCAUACUUUCAGAAAAUCUUUGAUGUGAACUUAUUCGGAGUCGUCAACGGCAUCAACACCUUCUUCCCCCAUUUCGAAAACAACACUUCUUCCGAGCAGAAAGCCAUAGUCGUGACAGGCUCGAAGCAAGGCAUCACCAACCCACCAGGAAAUCCCGCGUACAACGCAAGCAAGUCUGCAGUCAAGACCCUGACGGAGCAUCUCCACUUCGAUCUCGCCAAGUCUUCGCCCCAGACUUCUGUGCAUCUGCUCGUGCCAGGCUGGACCUUCACCGGCUUGACGGGUGGCGGUCAGACGAAGACGAAGCCUGAUGGUGCGUGGUCGCCAGAACAGGUGGCGGAUUACCUGUACCAGAAGAUGGGUGAGGGCAAAUUUUAUGCCAUUUGUCCCGAUAAUGAUGUGGAUUGGGAGACUGAUCGCAAGCGCAUGACCUGGACCAUGGGAGAUGUGGUGUAUGAGAGGAAGCCGCAGAGCAGAUGGUUGGAUGAGUUCAAGGAGGAGGCGAAUGAGACGAUGAAUGCGAUGAAAUUGGGUCAAAGCCAGAAGGGAAGUUCAUCUUGAUCAUUUGACGAUCGCGAGCGAGGCUGCCAAUGAUAGCAUGUUCGCAGACUUCAUUGGCUAGUGGAUCAAGUCCACUUGAAGAUAGCUGAGAGUGAGAGAUUGAGAGUGAGAGAGGCCAAUUCAAUAUCUGAGCGAGCGGCCCUAUAACGAACUUCUUCUGUCGUCUACUUCC